GCCGUGUGUUUGGCCUACCAAAUAAAUCCCUGGACCUGAACUCAGUGUUGCCUUCCACCUCCCAGUGGUACUGGCAGAAUAUUUGAUCGUCUAUGUUUUGAUCUUGCACCCCAACCUUCCCCCCCUCAAAACAUGGCGUUUCGCGGUACAGAGAGUUUUAUGGACUUUGAAUGGCAAGGCCAUGGUCCCCUUGAUCCCACCUCUCCCUAUCAUAAACGUGUUCUCGAGAUGCAGGCGAAAAAGCGUACCCAUAGCGAGUUUGAAUCUCCUCAAAAACCAACCAUGCCAGCGCUCCGAGAACCCAACAAUCAGCCCUUCUUCUUCUCAGACACUCCGGCGGCGGCGCCUGAAUCCUCUCCUUUUCGGACAUCCUCAUUUACAACUCCUCGAAAACCAUUCGACAUCGAUUUCUCGUCACCGCCUGAAAAUUCCUCGCCACUGGCACCAACAGACAACGAGGAAACACCAGACGCGACACCGCUACCCAUUGAGUUUAAGAGCAGCCCUUCAAAAACAGAGAACAAGAGAAACUCAUUGUUUGGACUCUACGGCAGAUUUGCACCAAGCCCGGGAAGAGGAGAAAUUAGAAAGCCCGCGAGUGAUGCUGUUGCACGAAGGAUCCACAAGAAGCGACGGCGAGCUCAGCAAUUUGACAGACAAUUGAUGAUAGGGCGGAAGGGCUCCUUAGACGACAGUGACGAUGAGAGUGCCCCAAGCCCGACUGAGGCAGAGCCAAAGAAACCGCCGGCGAAAGAAGCAGGAUGGAUCACCGGCCUGUUCACCUUCAUCCACACAUACCCUGACGCGCCUUCCAUUAUUGCCAAAUACCUUCAGGUUUUCUUCAACGCAGCAAUCCUCGGCGGCUGUCUAUACAUGUUUUGGUCGUUCUACGCCACCAUCCAGGCGGAUGUGGACCGAGCGAGCGAGGAUGCGAUGGCCGAAGUGUUGGCGGAAAUGGCGGCGUGCUCCAAGAACUUCAUCGAAAAUCGAUGCGCCGCCGACACUAGGCUGCCCGCUUUGGAGGCUGUGUGCAGCAACUGGGAGUUGUGCAUGAAGCGGGAUCCUAGCGCUGUAAAACGAGCGAGACUGAGUGCGCACACAUUCGCCGAAAUCUUCAACAGCUUCGUCGAGCCCAUCAGUUUGAAAACCAUGGUUUUCACCAUUACCCUGAUUGUUUUGGGCUUGGUGGUCAACAAUGCGACAUUUACUCUAUACCGGCGACAACAAGAGAGCCAGCACGUCUAUAGAGCGCCCUCUGGAUCAUAUAUGCAUCCUCAGCAACAUCCUGCACAAAUGGGUCAAUUUGCACUUCCUCCGGCUGCGUCUUACGGACAACACUCUUAUGUGGGCUGGCACGCUGAUCCUGGUUUCGCCAGCCAGCAGCAGUUAGAAUAUCCUCGAAGUCCCAGCAAAGAGCAUCGAGCGCGAAGUAGGAGUCCGGAGAAGAAGAGAAUUCAACUCUGAGAUAGAACGAUUGUUAUGACAAGUUGGGCGAUUGGUGUUUGAAUGUUGGCUAUUUGUCUAGCGACCGGAAUGUUGGAUGGCAUUUUGCUUUACAUUGACGAAAAGUUUGAGGGAGGAAAUGACUCGUUACAGCAAAGGCCAUCCUGUCGCCACCAGGAGAUGUCUCCGUCUCUGGACAUUGAGUUGAGGAGGCGGACGGGCGAAACGCGUGACGAAAGUCGUACGCUGUGCUUGGGAUUCCAUCCAAAUUCGGCGGUGCGCUCGUGAAACACUAUCAAUUGAUAUCAGGCUUUAUAGUCCCAUCAGACAAUAGGUCUCUCUGGGUCGGCAAGAAGCUUUACGACUCGUUUCCUCGAAGUCGUCGAUCCUUGUCAUUGUUCUCGUCGACUCGAGAGAUUACAAGCCAUUUCGAGCUCCCGUGCCACUCAUUGACUUAGUAUCGACCUUAUACC